AUGCGUAACUUGGACACUUCCGAGCCUGACCAAGCCAGCUCCGCUCCGGCUGACCACCUUGCCGACCCUGUUGGCUUUUCGGUCGGAUCUGAUGACGCCCCGGCGGACGAUGCCUCUUCUGCCGAUGCUGAUCCUGCCGAUGCUGACGUGGGUAGCGACCCAAUGCGUAACUUGGACACUUCCGAGCCUGACCAAGCCAGCUCCGCUCCGGCUGACCACCUUGCCGACCCUGUUGGCUUUUCGGUCGGAUCUGAUGACGCCCCGGCGGACGAUGCCUCUUCUGCCGAUGCUGAUACUGCCGAUGCUGACGUGGGUAGCGACCCAAUGCGUAACUUGGACACAGCCGAGCCUGACCAAGCCAGCUCCGCUCCGGCUGACCACCUUGCCGACCCUGUUGGCUUUUCGGUCGGAUCUGAUGACGCCCCGGCGGACGAUGCCUCUUCUGCCGAUGCUGAUACUGCCGAUGCUGACGUGGGUAGCGACCCAAUGCGUAACUUGGACACUGCCGAGCCUGACCAAGCCAGCUCCGCUCCGGCUGACCACCUUGCCGACCCUGUUGGCUGUUCGGUCAGAUCUGAUGACGCCCCGGCGGACGAUGCCUCUUCUGCCGAUGCUGAUCCUGCCGAUGCUGACGUGGGUAGCGACCCAAUGCGUAACUUGGACACUGCCGAGCCUGACCAAGCCAGCUCCGCUCCGGCUAACCACCUUGCCGACCCUGUUGGCUUUUCGGUCGGAUCUAUUAACGCCCCGGCGGACGAUGCCUCUUCUGCCGAUGCUGAUCCUGCCGAUGCUGACGUGGGUAGCGACCCAAUGCGUAACUUGGACACUGCCGAGCCUGACCAAGCCAGCUCCGCUCCGGCUGACCACCUUGCCGACCCUGUUGGCUUUUCGGUCGGAUCUGAUGACGCCCCGGCGGACGAUGCCUCUUCUGCCGAUGCUGAUACUGCCGAUGCUGACGUGGGUAGCGACCCAAUGCGUAACUUGGACACAGCCGAGCCUGACCAAGCCAGCCCCGCUCCGGCUGACCACCUUGCUGACCCUGUUGGCUGUUCGGUCGGAUCUGAUGACGCCCCGGCGGACGAUGCCUCUUCUGCCGAUGCUGAUCCUGCCGAUGCUGACGUGGGUAGCGACCCAAUGCGUAACUUGGACACUGCCGAGCCUGACCAAUCCAGCUCCGCUCCGGCUGACCACCUUGCCGACCCUGUUGGCUGUUCGGUCGGAUCUGAUGACGCCCCGGCGGACGAUGCCUCUUCUGCCGAUGCUGAUACUGCCGAUGCUGACGUGGGUAGCGACCCAAUGCGUAACUUGGACACUGCCGAGCCUGACCAAGCCAGCUCCGCUCCGGCUGACCACCUUGCCGACCCUGUUGGCUUUUCGGUCGGAUCUGAUGACGCCCCGGCGGACGAUGCCUCUUCUGCCGAUGCUGACGUGGGUAGCGACCCAAUGCGUAACUUGGACACUGCCGGGCCUGACCAAGCCAGCCCCGCUCCGGCUGACCACCUCGCCGACCCUGUUGGCUGUUCGGUCGGAUCUGAUGACGCCCCGGCGGACGAUGCCUCUUCUGCCGAUGCUGAUCCUGCCGAUGCUGACGUGGGUAGCGACCCAAUGCGUAACUUGGACACUGCCGAGCCUGACCAAGCCAGCUCCGCUCCGGCUGACCACCUUGCCGACCCUGUUGGCUUUUCGGUCGGAUCUGAUGACGCCCCGGCGGACGAUGCCUCUUCUGCCGAUGCUGAUCCUGCCGAUGCUGACGUGGGUAGCGACCCAAUGCGUAACUUGGACACUGCCGAGCCUGACCAAGCCAGCCCCGCUCCGGCUGACCACCUUGCCGACCCUGUUGGCUUUUCGGUCGGAUCUGAUGACGCCCCGGCGGACGAUGCCUCUUCUGCCGAUGCUGAUCCUGCCGAUGCUGACGUGGGUAGCGAUCCAAUGCGUAACUUGGACACAGCCGAGCCUGACCAAGCCAGCUCCGCUCCGGCUGACCACCUUGCCGACCCUGUUGGCUUUUCGGUCGGAUCUGAUGACGCCCCGGCGGACGAUGCCUCUUCUGCCGAUGCUGAUCCUGCCGAUGCUGACGUGGGUAGCGAUCCAAUGCGUAACUUGGACACAGCCGAGCCUGACCAAGCCAGCCCCGCUCCGGCUGACCACCUUGCCGACCCUGUUGGCUUUUCGGUCGGAUCUGAUGACGCCCCGGCGGACGAUGCCUCUUCUGCCGAUGCUGAUCCUGCCGAUGCUGACGUGGGUAGUGAUCCAAUGCGUAACUUGGACACAGCCGAGCCUGACCAAGCCAGCUCCGCUCCGGCUGACCACCUUGCCGACCCUGUUGACUUUUCGGUCGGAUCUGAUGACGCCCCGGCGGACGAUGCCUCUUCUGCCGAUGCUGAUCCUGCCGAUGCUGACGUGGGUAGCGAUCCAAUGCGUAACUUGGACACAGCCGAGCCUGACCAAGCCAGCCCCGCUCCGGCUGACCACCUUGCCGACCCUGUUGGCUUUUCGGUCGGAUCUAAUAACGCCCCGGCGGACGAUGCCUCUUCUGCCGAUGCUGAUCCUGCCGAUGCUGACGUGGGUAGUGAUCCAAUGCGUAACUUGGACACAGCCGAGCCUGACCAAGCCAGCUCCGCUCCGGCUGACCACCUUGCCGACCCUGUUGACUUUUCGGUCGGAUCUGAUGACGCCCCGGCGGACGAUGCCUCUUCUGCCGAUGCUGAUCCUGCCGAUGCUGACGUGGGUAGCGACCCAAUGCGUAACUUGGACACAGCCGAGCCUGACCAAGCCAGCUCCGCUCCGGCUGACCACCUUGCCGACCCUGUUGGCUUUUCGGUCGGAUCUGAUGACGCCCCGGCGGACGAUGCCUCUUCUGCCGAUGCUGAUCCUGCCGAUGCUGACGUGGGUAGCGACCCAAUGCGUAACUUGGACACUGCCGAGCCUGACCAAGCCAGCCCCGCUCCGGCUGACCACCUCGCCGACCCUGUUGGCUGUUCGGUCGGAUCUAAUAACGCCCCGGCGGACGAUGCCUCUUCUGCCGAUGCUGAUCCUGCCGAUGCUGACGUGGGUAGUGAUCCAAUGCGUAACUUGGACACAGCCGAGCCUGACCAAGCCAGCUCCGCUCCGGCUGACCACCUUGCCGACCCUGUUGGCUUUUCGGUCGGAUCUGAUGACGCCCCGGCGGACGAUGCCUCUUCUGCCGAUGCUGAUCCUGCCGAUGCUGACGUGGGUAGCGACCCAAUGCGUAACUUGGACACUGCCGAGCCUGACCAAGCCAGCCCCGCUCCGGCUGACCACCUUGCCGACCCUGUUGGCUGUUCGGUCGGAUCUGAUGACGCCCCGGCGGACGAUGCCUCUUCUGCCGAUGCUGAUCCUGCCGAUGCUGACGUGGGUAGCGACCCAAUGCGUAACUUGGACACUGCCGAGCCUGACCAAGCCAGCUCCGCUCCGGCUGACCACCUUGCCGACCCUGUUGGCUUUUCGGUCGGAUCUGAUGACGCCCCGGCGGACAAUGCCUCUUCUGCCGAUGCUGAUCCUGCCGAUGCUGACGUGGGUAGCGACCCAAUGCGUAACUUGGACACUGCCGAGCCUGACCAAGCCAGCUCCGCUCCGGCUGACCACCUUGCCGACCCUGUUGGCUGUUCGGUCGGAUCUGAUGACGCCCCGGCGGACGAUGCCUCUUCUGCCGAUGCUGAUCCUGCCGAUGCUGACGUGGGUAGCGACCCAAUGCGUAACUUGGACACUGCCGAGCCUGACCAAGCCAGCUCCGCUCCGGCUGACCACCUUGCCGACCCUGUUGGCUGUUCGGUCGGAUCUGAUGACGCCCCGGCGGACGAUGCCUCUUCUGCCGAUGCUGAUCCUGCCGAUGCUGACGUGGGUAGCGACCCAAUGCGUAACUUGGACACUGCCGAGCCUGACCAAGCCAGCUCCGCUCCGGCUGACCACCUUGCCGACCCUGUUGGCUGUUCGGUCGGAUCUGAUGACGCCCCGGCGGACGAUGCCUCUUCUGCCGAUGCUGAUCCUGCCGAUGCUGACCCUGACCAAGCCAGCUCCGCUCCGGCUGACCACCUUGCCGACCCUGUUGGCUUUUCGGUCGGAUCUGAUGACGCCCCGGCGGACGAUGCCUCUUCUGCCGAUGCUGAUCCUGCCGAUGCUGACGUGGGUAGCGACCCAAUGCGUAACUUGGACACUGCCGAGCCUGACCAAGCCAGCUCCGCUCCGGCUGACCACCUUGCCGACCCUGUUGGCUGUUCGGUCGGAUCUGAUGACGCCCCGGCGGACGAUGCCUCUUCUGCCGAUGCUGAUCCUGCCGAUGCUGACGUGGGUAGCGACCCAAUGCGUAACUUGGACACUGCCGAGCCUGACCAAGCCAGCUCCGCUCCGGCUGACCACCUUGCCGACCCUGUUGGCUGUUCGGUCGGAUCUGAUGACGCCCCGGCGGACGAUGCCUCUUCUGCCGAUGCUGAUCCUGCCGAUGCUGACGUGGGUAGCGACCCAAUGCGUAACUUGGACACUGCCGAGCCUGACCAAGCCAGCUCCGCUCCGGCUGACCACCUUGCCGACCCUGUUGGCUGUUCGGUCGGAUCUGAUGACGCCCCGGCGGACGAUGCCUCUUCUGCCGAUGCUGAUCCUGCCGAUGCUGACGUGGGUAGCGACCCAAUGCGUAACUUGGACACUGCCGAGCCUGACCAAGCCAGCUCCGCUCCGGCUGACCACCUUGCCGACCCUGUUGGCUUUUCGGUCGGAUCUGAUGACGCCCCGGCGGACGAUGCCUCUUCUGCCGAUGCUGAUACUGCCGAUGCUGACGUGGGUAGCGACCCAAUGCGUAACUUGGACACUGCCGAGCCUGACCAAGCCAGCUCCGCUCCGGCUGACCACCUUGCCGACCCUGUUGGCUGUUCGGUCGGAUCUGAUGACGCCCCGGCGGACGAUGCCUCUUCUGCCGAUGCUGAUCCUGCCGAUGCUGACGUGGGUAGCGACCCAAUGCGUAACUUGGACACUGCCGAGCCUGACCAAGCCAGCUCCGCUCCGGCUGACCACCUUGCCGACCCUGUUGGCUUUUCGGUCGGAUCUGAUGACGCCCCGGCGGACGAUGCCUCUUCUGCCGAUGCUGAUCCUGCCGAUGCUGACGUGGGUAGCGACCCAAUGCGUAACUUGGACACUGCCGAGCCUGACCAAGCCAGCUCCGCUCCGGCUGACCACCUUGCCGACCCUGUUGGCUGUUCGGUCGGAUCUGAUGACGCCCCGGCGGACGAUGCCUCUUCUGCCGAUGCUGAUCCUGCCGAUGCUGACGUGGGUAGCGACCCAAUGCGUAACUUGGACACUGCCGAGCCUGACCAAGCCAGCUCCGCUCCGGCUGACCACCUUGCCGACCCUGUUGGCUGUUCGGUCGGAUCUGAUGACGCCCCGGCGGACGAUGCCUCUUCUGCCGAUGCUGAUCCUGCCGAUGCUGACGUGGGUAGCGACCCAAUGCGUAACUUGGACACUGCCGAGCCUGACCAAGCCAGCUCCGCUCCGGCUGACCACCUUGCCGACCCUGUUGGCUGUUCGGUCGGAUCUGAUGACGCCCCGGCGGACGAUGCCUCUUCUGCCGAUGCUGAUCCUGCCGAUGCUGACGUGGGUAGCGACCCAAUGCGUAACUUGGACACUGCCGAGCCUGACCAAGCCAGCUCCGCUCCGGCUGACCACCUUGCCGACCCUGUUGGCUUUUCGGUCGGAUCUGAUGACGCCCCGGCGGACGAUGCCUCUUCUGCCGAUGCUGAUCCUGCCGAUGCUGACGUGGGUAGCGACCCAAUGCGUAACUUGGACACUGCCGAGCCUGACCAAGCCAGCUCCGCUCCGGCUGACCACCUUGCCGACCCUGUUGGCUGUUCGGUCGGAUCUGAUGACGCCCCGGCGGACGAUGCCUCUUCUGCCGAUGCUGAUCCUGCCGAUGCUGACGUGGGUAGCGACCCAAUGCGUAACUUGGACACUGCCGAGCCUGACCAAGCCAGCUCCGCUCCGGCUGACCACCUUGCCGACCCUGUUGGCUUUUCGGUCGGAUCUGAUGACGCCCCGGCGGACGAUGCCUCUUCUGCCGAUGCUGAUCCUGCCGAUGCUGACGUGGGUAGCGACCCAAUGCGUAACUUGGACACUGCCGAGCCUGACCAAGCCAGCUCCGCUCCGGCUGACCACCUUGCCGACCCUGUUGGCUUUUCGGUCGGAUCUGAUGACGCCCCGGCGGACGAUGCCUCUUCUGCCGAUGCUGAUCCUGCCGAUGCUGACGUGGGUAGCGACCCAAUGCGUAACUUGGACACUGCCGAGCCUGACCAAGCCAGCUCCGCUCCGGCUGACCACCUUGCCGACCCUGUUGGCUGUUCGGUCGGAUCUGAUGACGCCCCGGCGGACGAUGCCUCUUCUGCCGAUGCUGAUCCUGCCGAUGCUGACGUGGGUAGCGACCCAAUGCGUAACUUGGACACUGCCGAGCCUGACCAAGCCAGCUCCGCUCCGGCUGACCACCUUGCCGACCCUGUUGGCUUUUCGGUCGGAUCUGAUGACGCCCCGGCGGACGAUGCCUCUUCUGCCGAUGCUGAUCCUGCCGAUGCUGACGUGGGUAGCGACCCAAUGCGUAACUUGGACACUGCCGAGCCUGACCAAGCCAGCUCCGCUCCGGCUGACCACCUUGCCGACCCUGUUGGCUUUUCGGUCGGAUCUGAUGACGCCCCGGCGGACGAUGCCUCUUCUGCCGAUGCUGAUCCUGCCGAUGCUGACGUGGGUAGCGACCCAAUGCGUAACUUGGACACUGCCGAGCCUGACCAAGCCAGCUCCGCUCCGGCUGACCACCUUGCCGACCCUGUUGGCUGUUCGGUCGGAUCUGAUGACGCCCCGGCGGACGAUGCCUCUUCUGCCGAUGCUGAUCCUGCCGAUGCUGACGUGGGUAGCGACCCAAUGCGUAACUUGGACACUGCCGAGCCUGACCAAGCCAGCUCCGCUCCGGCUGACCACCUUGCCGACCCUGUUGGCUUUUCGGUCGGAUCUGAUGACGCCCCGGCGGACGAUGCCUCUUCUGCCGAUGCUGAUCCUGCCGAUGCUGACGUGGGUAGCGACCCAAUGCGUAACUUGGACACUGCCGAGCCUGACCAAGCCAGCUCCGCUCCGGCUGACCACCUUGCCGACCCUGUUGGCUGUUCGGUCGGAUCUGAUGACGCCCCGGCGGACGAUGCCUCUUCUGCCGAUGCUGAUCCUGCCGAUGCUGACGUGGGUAGCGACCCAAUGCGUAACUUGGACACUGCCGAGCCUGACCAAGCCAGCUCCGCUCCGGCUGACCACCUUGCCGACCCUGUUGGCUUUUCGGUCGGAUCUGAUGACGCCCCGGCGGACGAUGCCUCUUCUGCCGAUGCUGAUCCUGCCGAUGCUGACGUGGGUAGCGACCCAAUGCGUAACUUGGACACUGCCGAGCCUGACCAAGCCAGCUCCGCUCCGGCUGACCACCUUGCCGACCCUGUUGGCUGUUCGGUCGGAUCUGAUGACGCCCCGGCGGACGAUGCCUCUUCUGCCGAUGCUGAUCCUGCCGAUGCUGACGUGGGUAGCGACCCAAUGCGUAACUUGGACACUGCCGAGCCUGACCAAGCCAGCUCCGCUCCGGCUGACCACCUUGCCGACCCUGUUGGCUUUUCGGUCGGAUCGGAUGACGCCCCGGCGGACGAUGCCUCUUCUGCCGAUGCUGAUCCUGCCGAUGCUGACGUGGGUAGCGACCCAAUGCGUAACUUGGACACUGCCGAGCCUGACCAAGCCAGCUCCGCUCCGGCUGACCACCUUGCCGACCCUGUUGGCUUUUCGGUCGGAUCUGAUGACGCCCCGGCGGACGAUGCCUCUUCUGCCGAUGCUGAUCCUGCCGAUGCUGACGUGGGUAGCGACCCAAUGCGUAACUUGGACACUGCCGAGCCUGACCAAGCCAGCUCCGCUCCGGCUGACCACCUUGCCGACCCUGUUGGCUGUUCGGUCGGAUCUGAUGACGCCCCGGCGGACGAUGCCUCUUCUGCCGAUGCUGAUCCUGCCGAUGCUGACGUGGGUAGCGACCCAAUGCGUAACUUGGACACUGCCGAGCCUGACCAAGCCAGCUCCGCUCCGGCUGACCACCUUGCCGACCCUGUUGGCUGUUCGGUCGGAUCUGAUGACGCCCCGGCGGACGAUGCCUCUUCUGCCGAUGCUGAUCCUGCCGAUGCUGACGUGGGUAGCGACCCAAUGCGUAACUUGGACACUGCCGAGCCUGACCAAGCCAGCUCCGCUCCGGCUGACCACCUUGCCGACCCUGUUGGCUUUUCGGUCGGAUCUGAUGACGCCCCGGCGGACGAUGCCUCUUCUGCCGAUGCUGAUCCUGCCGAUGCUGACGUGGGUAGCGACCCAAUGCGUAACUUGGACACUGCCGAGCCUGACCAAGCCAGCUCCGCUCCGGCUGACCACCUUGCCGACCCUGUUGGCUUUUCGGUCGGAUCUGAUGACGCCCCGGCGGACGAUGCCUCUUCUGCCGAUGCUGAUCCUGCCGAUGCUGACGUGGGUAGCGACCCAAUGCGUAACUUGGACACUGCCGAGCCUGACCAAGCCAGCUCCGCUCCGGCUGACCACCUUGCCGACCCUGUUGGCUUUUCGGUCGGAUCUGAUGACGCCCCGGCGGACGAUGCCUCUUCUGCCGAUGCUGAUACUGCCGAUGCUGACGUGGGUAGCGACCCAAUGCGUAACUUGGACACUGCCGAGCCUGACCAAGCCAGCUCCGCUCCGGCUGACCACCUUGCCGACCCUGUUGGCUUUUCGGUCGGAUCUGAUGACGCCCCGGCGGACGAUGCCUCUUCUGCCGAUGCUGAUCCUGCCGAUGCUGACGUGGGUAGCGACCCAAUGCGUAACUUGGACACUGCCGAGCCUGACCAAGCCAGCUCCGCUCCGGCUGACCACCUUGCCGACCCUGUUGGCUUUUCGGUCGGAUCUGAUGACGCCCCGGCGGACGAUGCCUCUUCUGCCGAUGCUGAUCCUGCCGAUGCUGACGUGGGUAGCGACCCAAUGCGUAACUUGGACACUGCCGAGCCUGACCAAGCCAGCUCCGCUCCGGCUGACCACCUUGCCGACCCUGUUGGCUGUUCGGUCGGAUCUGAUGACGCCCCGGCGGACGAUGCCUCUUCUGCCGAUGCUGAUCCUGCCGAUGCUGACGUGGGUAGCGACCCAAUGCGUAACUUGGACACUGCCGAGCCUGACCAAGCCAGCUCCGCUCCGGCUGACCACCUUGCCGACCCUGUUGGCUUUUCGGUCGGAUCUGAUGACGCCCCGGCGGACGAUGCCUCUUCUGCCGAUGCUGAUCCUGCCGAUGCUGACGUGGGUAGCGACCCAAUGCGUAACUUGGACACUGCCGAGCCUGACCAAGCCAGCUCCGCUCCGGCUGACCACCUUGCCGACCCUGUUGGCUGUUCGGUCGGAUCUGAUGACGCCCCGGCGGACGAUGCCUCUUCUGCCGAUGCUGAUCCUGCCGAUGCUGACGUGGGUAGCGACCCAAUGCGUAACUUGGACACUGCCGAGCCUGACCAAGCCAGCUCCGCUCCGGCUGACCACCUUGCCGACCCUGUUGGCUGUUCGGUCGGAUCUGAUGACGCCCCGGCGGACGAUGCCUCUUCUGCCGAUGCUGAUCCUGCCGAUGCUGACGUGGGUAGCGACCCAAUGCGUAACUUGGACACUGCCGAGCCUGACCAAGCCAGCUCCGCUCCGGCUGACCACCUUGCCGACCCUGUUGGCUUUUCGGUCGGAUCUGAUGACGCCCCGGCGGACGAUGCCUCUUCUGCCGAUGCUGAUCCUGCCGAUGCUGACGUGGGUAGCGACCCAAUGCGUAACUUGGACACUGCCGAGCCUGACCAAGCCAGCUCCGCUCCGGCUGACCACCUUGCCGACCCUGUUGGCUUUUCGGUCGGAUCUGAUGACGCCCCGGCGGACGAUGCCUCUUCUGCCGAUGCUGAUCCUGCCGAUGCUGACGUGGGUAGCGACCCAAUGCGUAACUUGGACACUGCCGAGCCUGACCAAGCCAGCUCCGCUCCAGCUGACCACCUUGCCGACCCUGUUGGCUUUUCGGUCGGAUCUGAUGACGCCCCGGCGGACGAUGCCUCUUCUGCCGAUGCUGAUCCUGCCGAUGCUGACGUGGGUAGCGACCCAAUGCGUAACUUGGACACUGCCGAGCCUGACCAAGCCAGCUCCGCUCCGGCUGACCACCUUGCCGACCCUGUUGGCUUUUCGGUCGGAUCUGAUGACGCCCCGGCGGACGAUGCCUCUUCUGCCGAUGCUGAUCCUGCCGAUGCUGACGUGGGUAGCGACCCAAUGCGUAACUUGGACACUGCCGAGCCUGACCAAGCCAGCUCCGCUCCGGCUGACCACCUUGCCGACCCUGUUGGCUUUUCGGUCGGAUCUGAUGACGCCCCGGCGGACGAUGCCUCUUCUGCCGAUGCUGAUCCUGCCGAUGCUGACGUGGGUAGCGACCCAAUGCGUAACUUGGACACUGCCGAGCCUGACCAAGCCAGCCCCGCUCCAGCUGACCACCUCGCCGACCCUGUUGGCUGUUCGGUCGGAUCUGAUGACGCCCCGGCGGACGAUGCCUCUUCUGCCGAUGCUGAUACUGCCGAUGCUGACGUGGGUAGCGACCCAAUGCGUAACUUGGACACUGCCGAGCCUGACCAAGCCAGCUCCGCUCCGGCUGACCACCUUGCCGACCCUGUUGGCUUUUCGGUCGGAUCUGAUGACGCCCCGGCGGACGAUGCCUCUUCUGCCGAUGCUGAUCCUGCCGAUGCUGACGUGGGUAGCGACCCAAUGCGUAACUUGGACACUGCCGAGCCUGACCAAGCCAGCUCCGCUCCGGCUGACCACCUUGCCGACCCUGUUGGCUUUUCGGUCGGAUCUGAUGACGCCCCGGCGGACGAUGCCUCUUCUGCCGAUGCUGAUCCUGCCGAUGCUGACGUGGGUAGCGACCCAAUGCGUAACUUGGACACUGCCGAGCCUGACCAAGCCAGCUCCGCUCCGGCUGACCACCUUGCCGACCCUGUUGGCUUUUCGGUCGGAUCUGAUGACGCCCCGGCGGACGAUGCCUCUUCUGCCGAUGCUGAUCCUGCCGAUGCUGACGUGGGUAGCGACCCAAUGCGUAACUUGGACACUGCCGAGCCUGACCAAGCCAGCUCCGCUCCGGCUGACCACCUUGCCGACCCUGUUGGCUUUUCGGUCGGAUCUGAUGACGCCCCGGCGGACGAUGCCUCUUCUGCCGAUGCUGAUCCUGCCGAUGCUGACGUGGGUAGCGACCCAAUGCGUAACUUGGACACUGCCGAGCCUGACCAAGCCAGCUCCGCUCCGGCUGACCACCUUGCCGACCCUGUUGGCUUUUCGGUCGGAUCUGAUGACGCCCCGGCGGACGAUGCCUCUUCUGCCGAUGCUGAUCCUGCCGAUGCUGACGUGGGUAGCGACCCAAUGCGUAACUUGGACACUGCCGAGCCUGACCAAGCCAGCUCCGCUCCGGCUGACCACCUUGCCGACCCUGUUGGCUUUUCGGUCGGAUCUGAUGACGCCCCGGCGGACGAUGCCUCUUCUGCCGAUGCUGAUCCUGCCGAUGCUGACGUGGGUAGCGACCCAAUGCGUAACUUGGACACUGCCGAGCCUGACCAAGCCAGCUCCGCUCCGGCUGACCACCUUGCCGACCCUGUUGGCUGUUCGGUCGGAUCUGAUGACGCCCCGGCGGACGAUGCCUCUUCUGCCGAUGCUGAUCCUGCCGAUGCUGACGUGGGUAGCGACCCAAUGCGUAACUUGGACACUGCCGAGCCUGACCAAGCCAGCUCCGCUCCGGCUGACCACCUUGCCGACCCUGUUGGCUGUUCGGUCGGAUCUGAUGACGCCCCGGCGGACGAUGCCUCUUCUGCCGAUGCUGAUCCUGCCGAUGCUGACGUGGGUAGCGACCCAAUGCGUAACUUGGACACUGCCGAGCCUGACCAAGCCAGCUCCGCUCCGGCUGACCACCUUGCCGACCCUGUUGGCUUUUCGGUCGGAUCUGAUGACGCCCCGGCGGACGAUGCCUCUUCUGCCGAUGCUGAUCCUGCCGAUGCUGACGUGGGUAGCGACCCAAUGCGUAACUUGGACACUGCCGAGCCUGACCAAGCCAGCUCCGCUCCAGCUGACCACCUCGCCGACCCUGUUGGCUGUUCGGUCGGAUCUGAUGACGCCCCGGCGGACGAUGCCUCUUCUGCCGAUGCUGAUCCUGCCGAUGCUGACGUGGGUAGCGACCCAAUGCGUAACUUGGACACUGCCGAGCCUGACCAAGCCAGCUCCGCUCCGGCUGACCACCUUGCCGACCCUGUUGGCUUUUCGGUCGGAUCUGAUGACGCCCCGGCGGACAAUGCCUCUUCUGCCGAUGCUGAUCCUGCCGAUGCUGACGUGGGUAGCGACCCAAUGCGUAACUUGGACACUGCCGAGCCUGACCAAGCCAGCUCCGCUCCGGCUGACCACCUUGCCGACCCUGUUGGCUUUUCGGUCGGAUCUGAUGACGCCCCGGCGGACGAUGCCUCUUCUGCCGAUGCUGAUCCUGCCGAUGCUGACGUGGGUAGCGACCCAAUGCGUAACUUGGACACUGCCGAGCCUGACCAAGCCAGCUCCGCUCCGGCUGACCACCUUGCCGACCCUGUUGGCUUUUCGGUCGGAUCUGAUGACGCCCCGGCGGACGAUGCCUCUUCUGCCGAUGCUGAUACUGCCGAUGCUGACGUGGGUAGCGACCCAAUGCGUAACUUGGACACUGCCGAGCCUGACCAAGCCAGCUCCGCUCCGGCUGACCACCUUGCCGACCCUGUUGGCUUUUCGGUCGGAUCUGAUGACGCCCCGGCGGACGAUGCCUCUUCUGCCGAUGCUGAUCCUGCCGAUGCUGACGUGGGUAGCGACCCAAUGCGUAACUUGGACACUGCCGAGCCUGACCAAGCCAGCUCCGCUCCGGCUGACCACCUUGCCGACCCUGUUGGCUUUUCGGUCGGAUCUGAUGACGCCCCGGCGGACGAUGCCUCUUCUGCCGAUGCUGAUCCUGCCGAUGCUGACGUGGGUAGCGACCCAAUGCGUAACUUGGACACUGCCGAGCCUGACCAAGCCAGCUCCGCUCCAGCUGACCACCUUGCCGACCCUGUUGGCUUUUCGGUCGGAUCUGAUGACGCCCCGGCGGACGAUGCCUCUUCUGCCGAUGCUGAUCCUGCCGAUGCUGACGUGGGUAGCGACCCAAUGCGUAACUUGGACACUGCCGAGCCUGACCAAGCCAGCUCCGCUCCGGCUGACCACCUUGCCGACCCUGUUGGCUUUUCGGUCGGAUCUGAUGACGCCCCGGCGGACGAUGCCUCUUCUGCCGAUGCUGAUCCUGCCGAUGCUGACGUGGGUAGCGACCCAAUGCGUAACUUGGACACUGCCGAGCCUGACCAAGCCAGCUCCGCUCCGGCUGACCACCUUGCCGACCCUGUUGGCUUUUCGGUCGGAUCUGAUGACGCCCCGGCGGACGAUGCCUCUUCUGCCGAUGCUGAUCCUGCCGAUGCUGACGUGGGUAGCGACCCAAUGCGUAACUUGGACACUGCCGAGCCUGACCAAGCCAGCUCCGCUCCGGCUGACCACCUUGCCGACCCUGUUGGCUUUUCGGUCGGAUCUGAUGACGCCCCGGCGGACGAUGCCUCUUCUGCCGAUGCUGAUCCUGCCGAUGCUGACGUGGGUAGCGACCCAAUGCGUAACUUGGACACUGCCGAGCCUGACCAAGCCAGCUCCGCUCCAGCUGACCACCUUGCCGACCCUGUUGGCUUUUCGGUCGGAUCUGAUGACGCCCCGGCGGACGAUGCCUCUUCUGCCGAUGCUGAUCCUGCCGAUGCUGACGUGGGUAGCGACCCAAUGCGUAACUUGGACACUGCCGAGCCUGACCAAGCCAGCUCCGCUCCGGCUGACCACCUUGCCGACCCUGUUGGCUUUUCGGUCGGAUCUGAUGACGCCCCCGGCGGACGAUGCCUCUUCUGCCGAUGCUGA